AUGCUCGAAUACUUCACCUACCGGAAAUUUAAGAAACACCGUGAAGCCGCUGAGUCCGGCGCAAAGGAAGUUCUCGAUCAGAAGGAUGAGAACUACUUCGAGGGCGUCGUGAACAGCCCAGAAGCCCAGGAGGUUCCGCUUAACGACUCGGUUAGGACCCCAGCUACUGGUUCGCCUUCAGGGUCCCCGGCAGGUGGACCAACCCCAGUUGCGUCUGAAGCUGGUGCUGCACCUAAAAAACAGACCUGGAAGGAUACUGUCUCUGGAUAUGCGACGGGAACCUAUGAGAAGGCUAAACACGUGAAGGUGGCAGAGCACCUACCAUCCUUCCUUAAGAGGGAACCCAAGGCAGAGGGUGCGGGCAAAGAGAAGGAACCUGGAUCACCGACGAAGAAGGAUAAGAAGGCUUCCAAGGAUAAGAAAGGGAAGGGCAAAGCAAACAAAGAAGAUGAAGAGUACUUUUCCAACUUGACGCCAGAAGAAAAGGAACUGCAUGAUGCUCUUGACGCACUUAGUCUUGCCGCACAAGAUGGCAGGGCAUUCUCGCUUUCGUCCGAAACUCGCGGCAUCCUAAAGGACUUCACUCAGAUUCUCAAGGAUAUGAUUAACGGCGUUCCAACAGCAUACGAUGACCUAACGAAGCUGUUCGAGACGAAAUCAAAACAGAUCGAGACGAUGUUCGAUGAGAUGCCUGGGUUCAUCAAGUCUCUGGCGAAGAAGUUACCUGGUGCUUUAGGCCUCGGGGAAAAGGUAGCAGAAGAAGAGGCGAAGAAUCUGGCACCAGGCCUAGCCGCACAGGCUGCUACCCUCGGUAUUCCUACCCUGAAACAGCUAGUUACGAAGCCGGGUGUGGUCGCCGACACUCUGAAGACUGUGGUCAAUGCUAUUAAGCUGCGCUUCCCAGGAAUUAUGUUAGGCACCAACGUAGUCAUUUCUAUGGCAUUAUUUGUUCUAUUGUUCGUUUUCUGGUACUGUUGGAAACGUGGGAAGGAAGUGAGACUCGAAAAGGAACGUCAGGAGCAAGAGGCUGAAGAUACCAGGCUCGUACAAUCAGUGCUGGAAGAGGCCCCAGCCGUCCCGGCGACGAACCCUAGUACUAGUGCUAUAACAACCAUUAAUACUGCCAUCGAUAAGGUCAUGGAAGAUCCAGGAAGUAGAGUCUCUCCUCCUCCUGGUCCGGUUUUCACCGUACCUCUGCCACCCAAUAUUUAA